UUAGUGUCUCGAGUUGUAGAUGGCGUCAUAGUCAUCUCAUAUAAUCGGCCGAAGGAAAAGAACGCAUUUGAUGCUGCGGUAUCGGGCGCUUUGAUUACCCUCUUGGCGAUGAUCAGUGCAGAUACAUCCACGCUGGCGGUUAUUAUCACUGGGCGCGGUGCUUACUUCUGUACUGCUGCAAAAUUUGAUGAGAUGCUGCGUCCUUUACGUCCAAUGGAGCUUCUUGGAUCUCUGACAGCUGGCUCCUUGGCCUUGUUUGAUUCGUUUCUCAACUUGAGCAAACCAAUCGUCGCUGCCGUGAACGGCUCCGCAUUUGGCGGAGGUGUGACUCAGGCCACCCUUUGCGACAGCGCAGUCUCCUCGCGCCACGCAAAAUACUCUUUGCCAUUUUCUCGC